AUGGCAGUGGCCAUCUUGGGCUACCUGGACCUAAAGGACCACUUGGACAGCAAGGACCACAGGGACCGGUGGGGUGAACCAGGUACCCGCGGGGAGGAUGGUAUACCAGGACCUAGGGGAAAACAGGGAACCAAAGGACAUCAAGGCUCUAAUGGAUGGCGAGGAGAUGCAGGCAGUCCUGGUCCACAAGGCAUGCCUGGUAUGGACGCAACGAAAGGAGAAAAGGGUACACCUGGUUUAGAAGGUGCGAAAGGAAGCCAAGGAUACGCCGGACGAAAUGGUGAGAGAGGACCCCGUGGACCACCAGGAGAAAUAGGUGAAACAGGAAAUUCAGGUCCACGUGGUUUUACUGGACAAAUAGGAUUAACAGGAACCAGCGGCAAACAGGGUGCAGUAGGUCCAUCAGGACCUAAGGGACCACUAGGAAACAUUGGUGAUCAGGGUAAUAAUGGUGAGCCAGGAAUCGCAGGACUCCAGGGCUUCAAAGGUGUUCCGGGAUAUCCUGGUGACAUUGGUGACUUUGGUUUCAGGGGACUGAAAGGACGUGUUGGAGAUGCGGGUCCUGCUGGUGAAAGGGGCCCGGCUGGAUUCCCAGGCCUAGAAGGUAUUCUUGGUCAGUUUGGUAUUCAGGGUCCGAGAGGAGAUAUAGGACCAAAGGGCAUACUGGGUGAUACCGGAUAUCCUGGCCCACCGGGUCCUCCUGGUAGCUAUGCGGGUGAAUUCGUAAAUGAUGCUGAUGCUCUAGCCUCUCUAUUACACUACUUCUUUGUAUUACCAAGACCAAAACACAUAGGGGACGUUGAUGUAUUUUAUAUGAUGAAGUAUUUAUACCGGUAUAUUGAGGGUAUGAAGCACCCGUUAGGUACCCAAGAUCUGCCUGUUAGGACAUGUCGAGAUUUAUUGGAUUGCCAACCAGACAUGGAUGAUGGUGAAUAUUGGAUUGAUCCUGAUUUGGGUUGCUGUACGGAUGCUGUAAAGGUUUAUUGUGGACUUGCUGCGGGCGGAUACACAUGUCUAUUAUCACGUGACACAAGUACAUUGGAUUAUGACAUCAGCAAGCCUCAACUCAACUUCCUACAUCUCCUGAGUUCUACAGCAUUCCAGGAAAUUACCAUACAUUGCAGGAACGUACCGGUCUGGAGAAAUAGACGGGGCACUUACGAGAACGCUUUGACUUUCCGUGGUUGGAAUGGAGCCUAUUUCUCAUACGAUGGCCAAAGACCAGAGAUUCUGGAAGACAAUUGUCAGCGUGAAGAUUCAAAAUGGCGGACCACUCGUUUUGUAUUUCGUGUACAUGACGUCCAUAAGUUACCCAUUGUUGACAUCAUUACUGACCCAGAUGUUCACAGGAUAUCGGAAAAUCAUGGUUUUAAGAUAGAAAUCGGACACACAUGUUUUGACUGAAUAUGAUUAUGUAGAAACGAUUGUUUUCCUUUUUUCUAGAAAAUUGUAAUAUUUACAUUUUUCAAAGAAAGAAAAAAGUAGAACAAAAUGUUUGCAUAUUUCUCUAACUACUUAAGAAAUUGGAACUUGUCGGUGUUCACGUGGGUGAGGUUUACCUUUUAUCACGUGAUAUAUAUCUUUCAGUAUUUUAAGAUCAUUAGACAAGCUGGAAAAAAAUUGUGGUAUUAUAAGGAAUGGUGAAAUGGAUAUGGCAUGAAAAUUGGUGCUUUUUAACAUUCCAAUUAGAAAGGAUAUAUGGUCAUGCCUUGAAUAAAAUCUUGAAUGUUGCUUUAUUUUCUAGUGGCAUGUUAAAAUUCCCAAUCGCUUUUUUAUGGUGUGUCAUUAUUUUAGUUGCAGUUUUGCGAUGAUUUUUUUAAAAUGAUUUGAGGACAUUCAUUCUAUAGAUUUCCUUACUAGCAUUAAUGUUUUGGUUGCGGAAAAAGCGAAAUAUGAAAUUCAAUGGUCAAUUUUUCAGAAUUUUCCUUAUCUUAUUCUGUGUAGGCCUAUUUCUAUUCUUUGAGGAACAUUUUCUUAAAUUAUUUCAAGUUUGAACUCAAUCGUAAGUUACAGUGGCAUGCUUUCUCAUGCCAAGUAUUUUUUCCUAGGGAUUUUGUAUUUAAUUUAUGAAAUCCUUUUUAUCUGUUGUAAAAAAAAAUUCUUGGUGCUAUUUCAUCAUGUCAAAUUGUACAAUAUGAUGUCGAAUUGAUGCUCUUGUUUGAGAAGUGAUGUGUAAUUGUGAUUGUGGUGCUAUAUAUAUUUUCGUAAAUGUCACAUGGUGUUUUAAUAGUUGUUUUAGACUUGUGCUGAUGAUCAGGCCAUCAUUGCGUAAAGUAUUUUUCUCUACGCUUUUUAAAUUCACUGCUGUAUAGGAAAACUGUGCUGUGAAUAUAACUUAGUAGAUUUUUAAUUCUUUUUUUCAUUAUUGAAUUAUAUUCUGCCAGAGACUUUAGAUUAGAAUUGACAAUGAUCAAAUAGAUCGUAUCACAUUGACGAUGGCUGGCAUUUCUACGCAAUGUACUUUAUAAAGCACAGUUGGUCUAUAAAAAUCUCACCCCAAAAGCUUGCAUUUUGUACAUUUUGAAAUUAUGAAAAUCGUAUUUAUGUCUCUGUUUCUAUUUUGAGCACAAGAGAUGAAGAUUCGUUCACAAAGCAAAUUGAAGGCGUAAUGAUAAUGUAGUAAAAUCCAAACUCGUUUACUUUAUCAAAAUAAGAGCUGCUUUUUGAGUAAUCAAUUUUGA